GUGUACACAUUACACAGGUUUUAAAAAACAUUUAUAUUAAACUUCGGAAAAACACAAACUAAUCAACAAGCAAAUUCAGUCCAACGCAUUUAAACGUAUCCUCUAGCCGAUAGCUGAUGUCGAAUAUUUUUUUAAAUUGUAUAAUUUUCCAAGUUGUUGAGUCAAUAAAUUAUUAUUGUCCCAUCAUUUUCACAUACAUUAAAAUAUAAGCGCAUUACAAAAAUAAUAAAGUACUAAACGAAAUUGUUCAUAAUGGCAGCAAACUCAUGUCUUUUAAUUUUAAUACUAGAGUUGGUUUUUUCUUUAACGAUUGUGACAUCAUCUACAUUAAUUGAUACACUUGUAAAUAGACCUAUUGCCGACGAGGUAAGAAAUGAAGUCGGGAAGUUGGAUUUUCCAGAUGAUACAAAGGUUGCGUUAUUGAAUCAAUACAUCAAUGUUGGGAACUAUUCAAAGGAUUUCAUUAAACUGCUGAACACUUACAAGACGUUUAAGAACCCUCCCAUCAAUUUUAAUGAUGACGAAAUAAGAUUAUUGACUACCAGCAACACACAAGAUUCACUAUAUGAUAAAAUACUCGCCCAAUUGAAAUACUACCGCAAGGGUCAAGAAAUUCAGUGCGCACAAUAUGUGACGUUGCAUUACAAGUUAUAUUUUGACACCAAACGCAAUACUAAAGAUAUUUCUGAGCAUGUAUACAAUAUGAUAGCGAUGGCAUACAAAGGGAAAUUCAUAGUAUUUAAAUGGCUUUGGGAGUUAUAUAUCAGCCUUUGGUCACCGACUACGGAUAAUGCGGUACAACCAUUGAAUAUGAUCGCGGAUGAUCUAGAAAAGUUUCGAAGACCUUUAAGCCAUUUGGAAGGAUUGUGCGUGCAACAUAAAUAUAUUCCAGUCAUAGAUAGUUCAGCAAGUAGGCCAAGUUUGUUAGAUACAUUUUUGGGACGUGUUAUUUUCAAAGGUAAGAAACACAGAAAUAUUAAAAACAAUAAACCUGGUUUAAUGGAAUUAAGUAGGCCAUAUUUCUACAAUACAAUUGAAGAAUUUUAUCAAUUUAACCACAAGAAACAUAAACUAUAUAAAAAAAAUACACCUGCAUUGCCUAUCAGUGUCAAUCAUUUAUGCUUAAGAUGUGUAUGGCAUGAAACAUCUCUUUUGAUUGAACCAAUAUCGAAAGUUACUAUUGACUGGCCUGGGAUAGAGCAUGUGUACGAAAUUGAUCGUCAAAAGGUCUAUGAUCAGUUUGAAAUUACACAUGACUGGACGAAGGACCCGUUUAAACAUGGUAUUCGAUUUCAGCAAACGUUUAUUGAUAUCAUCAGGAUAAAACUAUAUUGUUAUAUUUGGGUGGAACUAUCUGUAUAUAAACCGACUGAUCAUAUAUUUCAUGUUUAUUUUAAGUCCCUGAUUGCGGAUAUGCUUAAGUUCAGUUACAUCGAAGACAAAACAUUAAACAAAGUAAUAACUUUGUAUGAUAAACUAUUUUGUCCUAAAAAAGAUCAGAUUGAAGAAGUUUUAAAAAUUCUAACAGAAGAAGUAAACACUACUUUGGCAAGUUUACUUGAAAGUACUAAUAAAAUUGAAUUGGCCGACCUUUCAGACAUUAACACGCCAUCAUCACGUUCUGAUUUUUUAGACGAAAUUGAAAAGCAAUUAACUGAAAUCGGACGACAGUUUAAUGGAAUGUUAGACGGAUUAACAUUUGAUGUUCUAUUGUUCUUUAUAAACGGAAGUAAAAAUACACAGCUUGCUGUGUUUCCUGAAAAUUGAUUUUAAUACAUCUAAACCCCUAUACAA